AUGGCAGAGAAGACCGCGAAUGCGUCGCUCAUGCGACGUCGCCAGCGCCGCCCCGGUCUUCAAAGCACGUUCGAUGUGCCGGAGGAUGUACGGCAGUCCCUGGAGCGGGUGGCGCGAGCCCUCCUCGUGACGGCACCGUCCUCAGCAAUGGCCACCACGGUGGUGCGCACGGCGGACGCCGCACUUCAGGAGCUCCUUCAGCGCUCCCUCACCCCAGAACAGCAGUUGCACGCCAUCUCGAAAGUGACGGGUGCCAUACGUGAGAUCCCAAAGUCUUGGCUGGCAGCCACUCUCACUGAGUCGACUGGUGAGCUCUACUCGUGGGGCCGCACCCUAGCACUGGAGGCAGUGGUGCCGCUGCUCCUCGACUGCCGCGUGCGCUAUCUGCACCGAGCGCUCAUGACUCUGCUGCGAACGCUUCUGCCUGCACCAGACGCCGCCACGGAGGCGACUGUGCGUGAAAUGUACGUUGCACGCAUCCUGCGCUGCGCCAAAGCUUGGGAGGCAGACGCCGCUAACGCCAUGAGACCUGUUGCGGCGCUUGGUGCCCACAGUGACACCCCCGAGGCUGCCGCCGCGGUGUACUUCCCCUGCAACUCGGAGGAUCGAGGCACCAUUAUCCCCGCUGCGCAAAGCAUGGGCGACUGCAGCGCUGAACACGAUCGGGUGUUGAACUUCUUGAAUGCAGUAGAUGGACUUACAAGUACGUUGAUGCCCAUGAUGCCUGGCAUAUUCAAGGACACGUUUCUGGAGGUGCUGCCGCUGCUUGCCGACAGCUUCCAGUGGGUCGUCGUUAACGCGACUAGCCACAGUCGUGUCCAGACUAGCACCACCACCGAUGCAAGUGAUGGCGCAGGCACGUUGUCACGGCUGCCCAACGAGGCUGCACAAAGUGAAACUUAUGCGGAUGAGGAGGCCAGCAACGGUCUGGCGGUGGCGGUGCCACCAGUAUCGCAUAACGCCGACGCUGCUGCUGUGUUUGGCGAGGAUCUCGAGCACAUUCGCUUCUGUGUCCGCGUAGUUGCGGCGUACAUCCACAAGUACAUGGACUCGCUUACGCUGGCGAUGGCGUCCGGCGCUACCGGCGACAACGUGCGCCGCGAUCUGACGCGUCUGCUGCAACCCACCGUCGUCAUGCUCUAUUCGCCCAUCUUCCCAAAGGAUGUUCUGAACGCGGUUGGACUACUGGUGGCGUCGAUCUUGACGGUGCGCACGUGCGACGCGUGGCUGUUGGCCUUCGUAUGCGCCGCGCUACGCAACAGCGUCGCCAAGUGCACAGGUGGUGCUGCCAGGCUUCUCGGCGUGGAGGCGUCCCCCGAGUUGCCGGAGAGCAGGACAACGGGUGCCUUCUCGCUCGCGCACCUUUUUGCGCAGGCCGACGUGGCUCUGCGCAUUGUGUCGGCAUCGAACCCGCGAGAGGCAGCUCAGGCUGAUGGUGGCGCUGGGGCUAAGGCCCUGCACGACGUCUUUUCCCACUUAACACCCAAUGGCUGCUUUGCGUUGCUCAAGGGCAUUCUGGCCCACACGUCGGCGCCGAUUCGCGGAGACUGGAUGUCGCUCGGGUUCUUACUGAGGCCUCUACCGUGGACCUCGCUGUCGGCAACUGGGGCGGAAAAAGAGCCGAGCAAUGUCUCGCAUGGCACUGUCGUAGUCUACGACAUCAUUUUGCAGGCGGCGCAGCAGUAUUGCAACGUCGUGCAGGAGCCGGAGACGCGAUUCAUGGCUAUUCAGACGGUGGACAGCGUCGUGCGCCACGUGAGCUCGGUUCUGACGAUCGCCGUCAAGGCGCUUGCGCAGUCUGCGAAGAGCGAGGGUGCCGCCGCUCUCACGAAACUGGCCUCAUCCCAGUCUUCGCUAGAGUCUGCGACACCAGAGGUGAAGGAGGCGACUGCGCUUCGUCGCCACCUCUCCUCGCUGUGCACUUCAUCGCCAAAGUUGCAGAACGCCCUCUCCUACGCCACGCAGCUCAUCAUGGCGCUGUGGGAUGACGGCACACAGCAGAUGUCCGGUGCCCUCUACGGCACGUACGGCGAGAUCUUGAAGAUAUAUGCGCUGCUUCGCGGUAGCGCCUCUCCUGCGCCCGGCGAACAGUUCGACCGUAGCGCCGACACCUCCGUGACGCUCGAUCAGAUCCUCCAAGCCCAAGCAGAGCGCCGCGGAAAGUACCACGCGCUUCUUGGCUUGCUCUCUACGAUGCCGCUGGGCGACUUCAUCGCGGUGCUGCAGCGGCACUAUGGCUGCCCCAACGCCGCAGCAGACGCCGUCUCCGCCUUCUCCCGCUCACUGUUGACUGGGGCGAGCAAUCACAAGAUUGGCAACGUAGCCGGCGACGUCUUUGCUCAGUUGGCGCGAGGCAUUGCGAAGGCACCGCCAGGCUCUGCGAUCGCAGGCUGCCGCUGCGACGGCGAAACAGCCGAGCACGUAAUGCAGCGUGGCAUCAUCAAGCCGCUAGCACGCGCGAUCACAGAGAAAGGCUACGUUGGCGUCUCGUCCAACGUCAGUGAGGCGGUGAACAUAUCGCACAUAACCGCCCACUUUGUGGCGCCUUUGGUGAAGCAGGACCCAGCGUGUCUGCGCGCCAUACUCACCGCCGUCACCGCAAACCUGGACGGCGCCUCCUAUGGAGAGACCUCGUUCCCCUGCACCGUGGCAGCACCGGAGUACGAGCGCGUUGAGCAAGGCGUCGUCGAGGCGGUCGCUCGCGCGCGCGGCGUCGGGGUAGACAUUACGCCCUAUCUCGCUCCCGGCAGCACUAUACUGCGGGUACUGGAGGAAGGUAGCCGCAGCCUCAACUACGAGGUGCGCAAUACAGCUUUGUGUCUCUGCGUGCUGGGCGUCAAGAAAAUUCAAGCCGUGCAGCUGUGGCAGCUGCGCAGGGUGGAGGAGUACAUCAUCUUUAACAUGCACCUCGGCGGAGACAGCGCCGCACGCAAAGGACUUCUAGAGAUGGUGAAGAAGUGGGUGCGUCGUCUCAUGGAGAGUUACACCAGCAAACCCCAGAAUGGGGAAUCGACUUCGGCUUCGGCGACGCCUAAGAAGGCGCAGAAGAAGGGUGAGCGGCAGGAGGACGGUGUGGCGGCUGCCCAACGCUCUGGUACAUCGUCGCCAGUGACGGUUUCCUCCAGCGGACCGGACUUGCAGCUGGAGCUGGGCACCGCAAUGUAUCGGGCGGCGGUGAUGGAUCACUGCAGACGCCUCUCGAGCAUCUUCGCCCAGAACAUCGGCACGAGUGCCCACGCAGGCGCCGGGCUUUCGGUGGAGCGGCGCGUUGCAGCCAUGAUGGGGUACUCCAUUCUUCUGCAAGGGCUGCGCACACAUGUCGCCAAAAAGGAGGCUAUGGAAUGGACUGUCGCCACAGAACCGGUGAACGGCGGCGCCGCAUUGCCGUUGCUGCACAUCUGUGUCGUACCAUCCCUCCUUGCCACGCUGUCGGAUGGCUGGUUGCAAGCGCGUGAGAGUGCCCGAGAGCUGCUGCGCGCCUUCUGCGAGUUGGCCCCAGCGGCGGUGUUCACGGCGACUAGCGGCAUUGACGGCGGCAGCGCCGUCUCUGCGUCCGCUUUGGCGGCGCGCGCUCAUCAGGAUCUGCUCCGUGCGCAGACGUUUCGCAACGCUGAGGGCGCCGUGGGGCGGUUUCUCAUCUUUACCACGCUCACCGCGGAGGCACAGGAGGCCACAAGGCAGCGUCCGCUGGAGGAGCUUGAGCACCUCAGCGGCCUGCUGGAUCGAGAACGUACGUCUGUGGAAGGCAAGUGCGCCGAGAUGAGCGCGAUGCGUGGUGCGAAGGCAUAUGCCUACAUUCAGGCAAACCCCCUCCACGGCGUCCUCUCCCUUUGCGCGGAGCUGCUAAGCCUCAUGGCGUCGGUCGAGUGCCGAGCCGCCGCGGCUUCCCCGUCGCCGCUGCUGACGGUGGCGUGCACGAAUCUCUUGCAGUGCUGCUGCCUUGUCCUGCGCACCUGCAGCUCAUUGGUGGGCUCGGAGACAGUGACCGCCGGCGCUACCGCGUCGUCUGUCCCGGACGAUGUUGUAGACUGCCGCGGGCAUGUCUACGACCGCAGUCGGCCCGAGGCGGAGUCUGUGAUGCGAGGAGUGGUGAACAACACCUGGCUCAGCAUGCGCGUCGCCGCAGGCUCCAUCACGCGCCUCUUGAAGGUACGGCCUGUACACGCCAUGCCGUUCGCUGCCGUUCAUGCGGCCGCCUACGAGCUCGUGCAUGCGCUACUCCUCACGAAGCACAACGGGGUGAUGCGGUGUGUCCGUGAGGCGCUCAAAGCCCUCGUGGCCACACUGGUGCGCUCUCGUCAAACGCUGUUCUACCAACUCCCGGCAGAGCUGCUCGACUACUUGAUGGGGUCGGAGGGCGUCACUUCUGGACAUGUCACCCGCAUGCUGCGGCGCAGCCAAGGCCUUCCGCAUGCUAUCCUUGCAGUGCUCGAGGCGGAAGACACGACGGUGCCGUACUGCCUCUUUCCAUCAGCGAUGAGGCAACUUCUGCGCGUCGCGCGCGGCGACAUCGCCGGUGAACAUGCGCUGGGCGGCGCCGAGACCGCGCCUCUUGGUGUUUCUGCCGAGGCGGUGCGGCGUAGCCAGCUCUCAAACGCGCUUAACGUGAUGAAGUUCAUCUUCGAGGACAAGGUGUUUGCCGACCGCGUUGUGGCGUACAUCGAGGAGGCGUUCUCCUUAGCAACAGAAGGCUUCCACGACGUCAGUUGGUACACGCGCAACAGCUCGCUCAUGCUCUUUUCCGCCGUCAUCCACCGUUUUGUCGGCGAGCACCCGUCGACCGGCGGCUCUGGUGUGAACACCUCACUGCACGACAUCGCAAAGCGCAUGCCGCGAGGAGUCGCCUACGCGUACGCGGAGCUGACGAGAGGGAGCCGAUCGGUCCAGGCAGCGAAGGGCGAGGACGGCGGUGCCACCUCUGCUGUCGAGGUAAGCGUUGCUCUUUUCCCGGUGCUGCAGCUUCUGUCAAUGCUCUCGCCAGAUCCGCCGCACCUCAUCACCAAGGUCAGCCACGGCGAGUUGGACGACGCGGCCCGCAUGAUAAAGGCUGUAAUGCAGUGCGCCGGUUCGCCCAGUUUGAUGGUUCGCUCCGCCAGCGCGGUGGCGCUGUGCUGUUUGGUGCCGCUUUCCUCUCUGAGGAGUGCGAUUGAGCAGACUCGGCGGGGUUUGUCACUAGAGCCGCUGCAGCACCAUCACUCUCUCACGGACUCCGCAGAUCACCCGGGCCUGCUCAAACAACGCGAGGGCGCAGCUAGCUGUGGCUUGAACUCGUGCCAUGGCGCAGUGCUGCAGCUGCUGCAGUUUCAUGCUCAGUACGUCGGGACGCUGCGCCGCCACUACAGACAGAAGCGCAGCAGCUACGCCACACCGACGGUCGCCGAGGCGGUCAUUCAGGCGAUUAGUGAGACUCUUCUCUCUUGUCAGCAAGCGCUCGUCAGGGCCUGCACUGUGAGCGCAACUGUGGCGGCUUCGCUGUUCGCCUUAUUGGCAGAUAUCGUCUUCUACGGCGCGCGACACAAGCUAAGCGCGGGGCAGCAGCACGCAGUGCGCGGCAUGUGUGUUGAGGCUAUGAGCGCUUAUCUGAAGGCGCGCCAUGUCGUCUCGGAGCGUGGCAGCGUGAUGGAGAGUGUGAGUGCCAUGCUCGUGUUUCUGGCUGCGCAGCGUGAAAGGGCCCCGAUUGGGCAUUGGACGGGGGUGGAGCAGAGUCAGUUAACUGAAUUGCUGCAAGAGGAGGCCGCCGUCCUUCGCAUCCGGCGCGGCGAGCACAACCUCAUCUCGUGGGCCAUGACGCAGCUCCAGCACUACUCGGAUGCGAGCGAUGCUCUCAACAAGGCGGACGUUGGGGUGAUACUGCGCGUGAUGUCACGCGAUCUGAACUGUGACCUUCCACAGCUGGCGCUGAAGUCAUUGACGGAACUGUUUGACGGCGCCGCAAGCCCGUCGUCGCCCAUGACGACGACGAUCGGGUGCGUUGCAUGGGGGCAGCUUGUCUCGCACAUGCGUUUUGCUGCCAUGACCAUGACGCUGACGAACAAGACGGCCGAUGGGACCACUGAAUCGCCCGAUUCAUCCGACCUCUCCAGCCUCGGCGCAGGGCAGCAGACUCCUGCUGUCAAACAGUUGCAUGCGACGCUUGUCUCUCUCCUUACUCUGUCUGCUGACAGAGACGACUCCGAGACGACCACGCCGCUGCACAACUCGGAUGCCUGCAGCGCGGCGCUCGACUUCAUCACCACGCAUGACAUUUAUGUCUCUGACGCCCACGCUGUGUCCCCUGCCGUCGCGCACCUCUUGUCCUACUACUGUGAGCCGGAGCAGCCACUGGAGUCUCGCUUGGCAGUGGUCAAAGCACUGCGCACCGCACAGUCCUUUAUGCGCUGCAGCGCCACAGCCGCGGCGUCUUCGGCGGCGUCUACAUGCCCAGCGAGUGCUGUCACGCUCUUUUUGGUGCUGUUGCGGUUGCUGGUGGAUGACACGUCCGAGAUUCGUGAAGCAGCAGCGACUAUCUGCUCUCGCGGCAUGUGGGGCGUACACCAGGCUCCCCGAGACCAAGUUUCCUGUCUCCUUGCGGUCGUGCGCCUCCUGCGUCGGCUGCACGGCGCUGGCCUCUUGUCUGGCGUCGACGUGCUCAGGUUCGUCACGUCCCUCGCAGACGCACGAACGACUGCGUCGGCUGUUGCCGGGGCCGCACCGGCGGAAGAGGUCGAUGACGGAGAAGAAGUCGCCGGUAGCGACGACGAGGAUGUCUUGUUUCAGAAGGAAGCGGCGAACAUGUUUGCCGAGAAGACAGCUCUGUCGCAUCUUGCUGCGCACAUCUUGGGCAACGCCACCAGUGACGCUACCGUGAUGCCGGUCUGCUUCUCCGUGUAUGACAGCUUCCUGGUGUAA